UUUUAAAUUUAUUUAAAAAUGUAAUGUGACUAGCGCAAUAAUAAUAAGUCGAAACUUGUAGCGCUGGGGUGUAGAAUGAAUUGUAUAAAUCCAAUUUUAAAGAAUUCCCCACCAAUAAUUCUCUUUCUUAAGCACUCGUACAUUAAUUUUGAUAUAUGUAUUUUCCCCCGUUCUAUUUAAUAAUUUCACACCCACUUUUUGGUCUGUGGACUUUGAUCUUUACAGACUUCCUUAUUAAGUGGACUAAUUACGUGUUUCUUAAGAUACCACCAUUUCGUGGGGAGGAAUCAGAAACGGAAACGUUAUUCAACUUAAUCUCAUUUGAUGGGCAUUAAUUUGUGAAAAUCUACGCCCAACAAUAUACUUAGAAUGAAUUUUAAUAUUUUAAGAGGCUUACAAACACACACAAACACUCUGGCACACACAUGCGAGUAUCGUAUAUUUGGUUUGAUAAUAUCCAAUUAUAGAUUGCAGGGGGGACAAUCCAUAAAUUAACAGGCGAUUCCCCAUGCAUUAUAUCGUAAAUUAAAUAAAUAUACGCAUUUAUAUGAAGUUGGCAAAAUUCGAUUUGCAUAUUAAACAGGUUGAUAUUGAUUCACUAAUCAGGAAUCGAGUGAGAUAAAUAUCUUCUGGCUGGGAGCGUGUGAACCGAACUUUUGUCAAUGAACUAAUCGGGCAAGAGAGGAGCCAAAAACUUUGGAUAGACUUGCAAAUAUAUUACAUUUUUCCCCAUCUGUAAGCUGUAAGUAACUGCAAAAGCUUCACACAUCCGCACAGAGAGCGAUGCGAUGGAGUCCGAGUCCGAGUCCGAGGAUGAGUAUGAGGAUGAGGACGAAGACCCAACCCGAACCCACAGCUGGGGCCAUAAAUCAGGGGGGAAAAACUGUUGCCGUAGCAAACUUGCCGAUAAGCAGAAGGUGGGAAAACUGUUGAAUUAUUUCCCAGGGCACACGCACACGCACACGCUCACACUCGGACAGGACAGGACAGGACAGGGACUGCUACAUUUUCACACUCUAAGCCAAAGCCGUAGACAAUAAACUGCAAAAUUCGCAUAAAAUAUUGUGAGGAAAUUAGAACAGAAGCAUAUCUAAUGCUAGGAGUCGAGGAGCAGAAGGACAUGUGUGUGUCGUUGGUGGAAACCUCAAGGAACCCAUAAAUCCAUGCUGAGAAAAUCUCCGAGGGAAAACAAAAAUAGAAAAUGUGUCAAUGCAAACAGGCAGCGACAAAGAGACCUGGCCAUAACUGGCAGAGGGGCUCGCCGCUGUUGUUGGCUGUUGGUUUUUGGGUUUGGGUUUGCGCUUGGGAUGUGUUGUAUUGGCCAUCGGCACCGGAUCGUCGUGGACCAAGUGAAUCUGGGCCAUAAAAGGUCCAUUGGACCAGCAAAAGCACCUCAGCUAACUCUCUAUAGACCCCGGCUCGUUCCCAUCGCAUGCAAUGCACUCGUUAAGAGGACAGACCCGGCAUCGGCACCGGCACCGGCACCGGCACCGGCUGACACUUGGACAUGGGAAGCGGUGGGAUGGCGAUGGAAAUCGAUUUCUGGGCUACCUGCGGGGCUCAGAUCGGUUCGGUUUUGGCUUUGCUUUCGGGGACGGGGACGGAACGGGACGGGACGGGUGUUAUACGUAUUACCUGUACCUUGCAACUAAUGGCCAGACGACCGCGCGACCAACAUAAAUCCAUAAAAACACAAAAACACAAAAAGGUAAAAGAGAGAGAGAGAGAGAGAAAUAAUUAAAUUGCAAUUAUGUGCAAACAAUUCCAAAUCCGGACGAUUCGGAAAAAGUUAAUUACACGACAAUAAAGAGCAGAAGAGUGGUCUCCGUUUCGGCCUCAGUCUCGGUCUCGGUCCCAGCUUCAGUCCCCGACUCUCUCCUUCUCUCUCUCUCGCUCGCUCUGUGUAUCUCAUUCUGAACACCAACGCAUAAGACCUUACCAUCCAUCCACCUAUCCACAUCCGUAGGUUGAUUGUUGAGUUGAAUGAGGAUGGAGGAGGAGACAGCACUUUGCAUUCGGACUCGACUCGGACUCGGACUCGGAGUCGACUUAAGCCGACAUUAAUGGGUAUUUGAAUGUGGCUUCUGGUUGCCUGUUGCUGGUUUAAUCGGUUUGCUUGACUGAUGCCCGGUGACACGUCGUCCACAUUAUCAUUAGCGUCUGGGCCUUGACUCAGUCACCGUCGUCAGCCCCAUGCGGAUGAUCGCAAUUUACUGAUUUCGCGACCACCACAACUGGCUGUGGGAUCUGGCCUGCUCUGGUAUGGUCUGGCCUGCUCUGGGUCUGUCUUCUUUCCUAAUGAAGACGGACAGACAAAUUAGUUAUGGUCUUAUGAUAAAUUAGCCCGAUCCAAUUGCCUGCAGUCGGGCAAAAGGGGAAGUGGACAGUCGUCGAAUUAGUGACAAGAUCGGAUCGCAGCACUAACGACUACUUUCGAUUCAACUAUGGGCUGCAUUUCUUUGGCUGGAAUGGAUAAGCAUAGACGAGUGUACGUUCAAUUGCGAUACGGUACGGUACGGUACGAUAAGGCUCUGUUUGCCUUAGUGGAAUGAGAAUGAGGUAAGAGGUUAGAUAAGACAUUGGCAGUUCGGAUAAGGCUGGAGCGGAUCGCAGCGGAUCAGCAGGUAGGUUGGGUUCGGUCAGGACUGUUGCGGUUUGUAGUUAAGGAAAGUACCAAACAUUUACUUUCUUAUGGUUAGGUAUGUACAUAUUUAAAGAAGGUUAUGGCUUUUAUGGCUACGAUAUGUUAGCCCUUUCAGAUGUUCAAAAGAACAAUCGAUAGACAUCGGUCUUAUUCAAAUUCUUUUAAUAGAAGUCGAAAUAUUGAGAGCAGAAUCCAAAUGCAGACUCCAUUCUUCACAGUCUGAAAGGGAUAUACAAAAUGUUCGGGCUCGGGGUCACCAAAACAAUAAUUUCGAAUGGUAGAUGGUAGAUCUCGUCUCUACAUAUUGCUCAAGGAAAAUGUUGCCAAUGGGGAUAUCCCAUGCCUCGGCUAACGAUCCAUAAGAAGCAUAAAAUCUCAGGAAACUUUAUUACAGGAGUGUUCCAAGCGACUGGAACUCCGAGCAACCUUGAACACGUGAGUUGGCCAAACAUUUCCCCCUUCCAGAUGACCAGGAGGCCAGCCACAAAACCCUAAUUAGAUUACCUAACUCAGUCGAAAGUUUAAAUGUUAGUAAAGCAGGUCAGCCAACCCGACCGACGACUGACUGACAGUUGGGGGCGACCCCAGAGCCCAGAGUUCGGGAAAGUUUAAUUAGAUCUGCAUACGGAAUGAACAGCCCGGCCCGUGUCCAUGUCCAUGUCCAUGUCCCUAAAAGCAGGUUAACGAACUGUCAGAGCCGAGAACCGGGCCGGUACCCAGUGUGUGUCUGCAGGUGAAAGGAUGCGCUGGCUCUGGCUCCUGGGGCUCCUGGUGGCACAUGUGUCUCUGACACUGGCUAAAGGCUGGACAGGACUGUCGCGUCACCUGCUGCCGCUGGAUUUCUAUCAGGCAGAUCUGAAGGAGCUGCUGCAGAAGAUUCUGUGGGCGGCAAACGUGAAGAGAUGCUUCGGUGUCAUCACCGACGACCUUCACUAUCCCAUCUACGAUCGGAGCUACUUCGAGGCCGUGGGUCGCCGGCUGGUCCCCUUCUAUGUGGUGCGGGUGAAUGCCAGCGAGGAUCUCCGCCGGCUGCCCGGCGAAGUGGAGCUCAUGCUGCGUGCCAUCAAGGCCAGAGACUGCGAUCUGCACGUGAUCACCAUUCUCAAUGGCUGGCAGGUGCAGGGACUCCUCAGGUUCGUCUACGACAACCGGGCCCUCAACAUGCAGGGGAAGUUCCUCCUGCUGCACGACUCGCGGCUCUUCUCCCCGGACAUGCUCCACCUGUGGACCGUCUUUGUGAGCAGUGUCUUCCUUAAGCGGCAGCUGGAUAACAGAUUCCAAAUCUCCACUGUGGCCUUUCCGGGAAUUUUGAGCGGCGUUUUGGCUCUGAAAAAUCUCGCCCUUUGGGAGCUGGGUAAACGCAUCAACGGAAGCAUUCUCUUUCUGGACAAUACAAGUGAUCUAAUGGGUGCCGCACUGCCAGUGGCCGUUGUCGAGCAUGUGCCCAUGGUCCAGUGGUCGAACACAACGAACAGCUACCAGGGCGUUGAGGUGGAAAUAAUGAAUGCUUUAGGCCAGGCCCUGAACUUCCUGCCGGUGUACUAUCAGGCGAACGGUAGCGAGGCCACGGAUUGGGAACAGGACGAUGAGUUUGGGGAGAACAAGACCCACAUAGACUCCAAGCUUAUCGAGGAACUGGCUCUGCACAGCGCCCGGUUUGCCAUUGGGGAUCUGCACCUGUUCGAGGUCUACCUGCGGCUGGUGGAGCUCAGUCUGCCGCAUAAUUUCGAGUGCCUGACCUUCCUCACGCCCGAGUCCUCGAUGGACAACUCCUGGCAGACCUUCAUACUGCCCUUCAGCGGGGGCAUGUGGGCCGGGGUACUGCUCUCCCUGUUCGUUGUGGGGACUGUUUUCUAUGCGAUAAGCUUCUUGAACGCCAUCCUAACGGGCAGCGACCAUGUGGGCUUCUCCCGAUGCUGCCGCAGGAGUCGCGGGAGUCGUCUAGAGCCCCCGGACCCAAGCACCUAUCGACGGCUGAGCUUCCGCGUGGCCCUCAGCCGCUAUCGUCCGCCGCUGGGUGUGGGCAAGCACCGCGAUCUCUUCGACGACUAUGCCACCUGCUUUCUCCUCACGUACAGCAUGCUGCUGUACGUGUCCCUGCCGCGCAUGCCACGCAACUGGCCGCUGCGGGUCCUUACAGGCUGGUACUGGAUCUACUGCAUCCUCCUGGUGGCCACGUAUCGCGCCAGCUUCACCGCCAUCCUGGCCAACCCGGCGGAAAGGGUAACCAUCGACACGCUGGAAGAUCUGCUGCGUUCUGGGAUACCACUAAAGGCUGGGUCGGCCGAGAACAUACAGUUCUUUCUGGAUGCCACCGAUGAAGUCGCCCAGAAGGUGGGUGCCAAGAUGGAUGUCCUUGAGAACAACGAUGAUCUGACCGCUCGCAUUGCCAAGGGACAGUGCUCCUACUACGACAAUGAGUUCUAUUUGCGAUAUAUGCGCGUGGGGGACGAGUCCGGAGGCGUGGGAUCUGCCCUGCACAUCAUGAGGGAGUGCGUCGUUUACAUGCCUGUCGUGCUGGCCAUGGAAAAAAACUCCGCCCUGAAGCAGCGCGUGGACAGCUCCCUGCAGCACAUGAUCGAGGGCGGUCUACUAGCCAAAUGGCUCAAGGAUGCGGUCAAACGGCUGCCGGCCGAGGCACCUGCCCAGCAGGAAGCUCUCAUGAAUCUCAACAAGUUCUGGAGCUCCUUUGUGGCCCUGGCGAUUGGGUACGUGGCAUCGAUUCUGGCACUUUUGUUCGAGCAUUGGCAUUUCAGGCACAUCAUCAUGCGGCAUCCCAUGUACGAUGUCCUCAAUCCCAGCUUGUAUUAUAACUUUAAGCGUCUCUAUCCAGACGAAUAAGUAUGGAAUAUACUUUAUAGUUUCCAUAGAAAAUACAUACAAAUUUGGAGCCACAUAGGCUUUCCGUUGAUCAA